AUCCGAAUCGGAAUAUGUGCAAUGAAUCGUAAAGCAACUAGUAAACCGAUGAGAGCUAUAAUGUCGAAAAUUGUCGACUAUUACAAGGAUUGGCUGGAGUAUUUUAUUUUUCCUGAGACAGUGAUUAUUAAUGAGCCGGUGGAUCGAUGGCCGCUUUGUGAUUGUCUCAUUUCAUUCCAUUCUACCGACUUCCCUUUGCAUAAGGCUAUAGAAUAUGUGAAACUUCGUAAACCAUAUGUAAUCAACGAUCUGAAACGGCAGUAUGAUUUGUUGGAUCGUCGGAAGGUCUUUCGUACCCUGGCGAAAGAAGGUAUCGAACAUCCACGUCAUGGCGUUUUAAUGCGAGGCGACCCAACUGAGGAAGAUGGUGUACUUGUUGAGCACAAUGACCAUAUUGAAGUGAAUGGCAUGGUGUUUAACAAGCCAUUCGUUGAGAAACCUGUCUCAGCAGAAGACCAUAAUAUCUACAUCUACUAUCCAAGCUCAGUCGGUGGAGGAUCGCAACGAUUAUUUCGGAAGAUUAAUAAUCGAAGCAGUUGGUACUCACCGGUAAGUGAAGUGCGUAAGACCGGUUCUUACAUCUAUGAAGACUUUAUACCGGCUGACGGCACUGAUGUAAAGGUGUAUGCCGUUGGUCCUUAUUAUGCGCAUGCAGAAGCUCGUAAGGCUCCAGGCUUGGAUGGUAAGGUGGAACGUGAUGCAGAUGGAAAAGAAGUACGAUAUCCGGUGAUAUUGAGUCACAAGGAGAAGAUGAUUGCACGACGAGUUGUGUUGGCAUUUGGACAAACGGUCUGUGGUUUCGAUCUACUCCGUGCUAAUGGAAAAUCAUAUGUUUGCGAUGUGAAUGGAUUCUCGUUUGUUAAAACGUCAACCAAGUACUAUGAGGAUACGGCGAAAAUCCUCGGAAAUACCAUUUUGCGUCGUCUGGCAACUUCAAUGAGCGUUAGGAUCCCAUAUCAGAUGCCACUAGGGGAGCAAGAAGCACCACCAUUACUGGAUCUGGGGCUUGGAGAUGAUCCACCGUUUGUCUCCACACCGUCUGGAAAACUGAUGGAACUGCGUUGUGUCCUUGCAGUAAUUCGACAUGGUGAUCGCACUCCGAAACAAAAAAUGAAGGUUAUCGUACACGACGAAAGAUUUUUCGCCCUCUUCAAGAAAUAUGAUGGUUUCAAGAAGAACGAAAUUAAAAUGAAGAGGCCGAAUCAACUGAUGGAGGUGUUGGAAUUGGCGCGGCAGAUACUCGCUGAACACAUUGUCAAGUACGAAGACUCUGGUAAUGAAUGUCAGCGUCUAGAACAUGAUCUAGAACAGGUCGACGAAGAAAUCAAACGCUGGGAUCAAAUGAGAGCCGUACUAGAAAUGUAUGAUCAACAUCGAAGAGAGAGUGUGGAUUUCGGUGAGAAUGCCAUAUUCAAUGGUUACCAAGUCUGCUGCCUUAGUGCCUUCAAAUUUUCAGGAAAUCUUCAAGCCGAGGCAUUAGGAAAGCUUUUUCGUACGCUUUAUCCUGGGAUUCGACGAGCGGAUGGCAAAAGUUCGCCAGAGGACACACAGGGCCUUGGAUUUCUGCGCCUUCACUCGACAUAUCGUCAUGAUCUCAAAAUAUAUGCUUCUGAUGAAGGUCGAGUACAGAUGACGGCUGCUGCGUUUGCCAAGGGAAUGCUCGCAUUGGAAGGGGAAUUGACACCGAUUUUGAUGCAAAUGGUGAAAUCUGCGAACACUGACGGACUACUGGAUGAUGAUUGUAAUGCUAGAGAUUUCCAGUCUGAGCUGAAAGGAUAUCUCCAUCAAGCCUUGCAGGUCGAUCGCGACUGGACGCAAGAGGAUUAUCAGGCGUUGAAUCCUGACGGGUUGAGAUCAAUCAAUAAUGCAAUGGAGUUUAUUAAAAAUCCGAAGAAAAUGUGCCACGAAAUUGCCGGUUACGUGGAACAAAUGUGCAAUAUUAUCAAGGACAACAAGCUUAACAAACCACACCGUACUUUGUAUUUGAACGAGACUUGGGAUCUUGCCGAACGACGUUGGGGGAAGGAAUUGCGAGAGUUCAGGCGUGAGAAUAAAGUUGGAGAUGUUGAGUAUGAUAUUUCAAAGAUUCCGGACAUCUAUGACAACAUUAAGUACGAUAUGGAGCACAAUCCGGAUUUGUGUGUAAACAAUGAAGGAGAGUUCGAACGAAUGUAUCUCUGUGUAAAAAACAUGGCUGACAUCGUUGUUCCACAGGAGUAUGGUAUUCGCAAGGAGAACAAGAUUUGUGUAGCCCAACGUGUUUGUACUCCACUGUUGAAGAAGAUCAGAAAUGAUUUGCAUCGUUGUAUUGAGUGUUCUGAAGAAGACGAGAGUCAAACAAGACUUGAUCCCAGGGCAUCCCAAGGUAUUGCAACUCCACUUCGGCAUGUUCGUACUCGGCUCUACUUUACUAGCGAGAGCCAUAUACAUACGCUGAUGAACCUGAUUCGAUAUGGCGGAUUGUGCUCAGUCGAUGAUAAAAAGUGGCAACGUGCAAUGAAUUUCUUGUCGGGUGUCACUGAGUUCAACUACAUGACCCAAGUUGUACUUAUGGUUUAUGAAGAUAGUCGAGCAGAUAGUACUGCAACUGGAAUGGAACGUUUCCAUAUUGAGUUACUGUUCUCACCUGGGCUUUAUCCGUGUUUCCUUACCGAAAAGGAGCGCAUCUACGAAAGCCGUCUCAAGUUCGACUAUGCGGAGGACUUGUCCGUUUCUAGUACGAAUGAGGACCAAAAACUUUCUGAAGUAUCUGGCUUAGUGAGCUUUUCAUCAAAAUCUCAUAAUCAAGAUUCUGAGGACGACCUUAACGACGCUCAUUCAGUAAAUCUGGUUGCACUGGACGAAGUGAACUCAAAACAGUACAUGUUUCUCAUAAUGUCUACCACAGGAGCGUCAGAGGUUCAGAAUCGAUUGAUCAGCACCAAUGUGCUCACGGGGAAGUACGGUGGUGAACAUUUGGAUAAGAAUCGUAAACAAAACUAUGUUCCUGGACCAGCUGUGAUGUCUACAGCAGUCAUUGCAAGAUCUUCAAGCGCACCGCGUCUGCAGACGUACAAAGCCGAAGAUGACAUAUCUGUUGGGGAAAUCAAACGUUUUUGGCCACCUCUUCGUUCGUUGGAAACGUUGCACGACAAUCUGUCGUUCAUGCAAUUCGACCGAUUCCUUGCACAUCUACUGACCUCUCGAACUCCUUUACCCUCACCACCAAAAACGCCACUCCUACUCAUUGAGGAAGGUUCGUUCCUUCAUUGUAGUUUCAUCCUAAUUCUGAAAAUAUUGACGUUCCAGAUUUUGGACCUAUCAUUUCUAUAA